UUAUUGCUGCUAACACAAAUAUUGCACCUAUAUGGUGACAUCGCAAUCAACUACACAACUGUUGUACGAUUCUAAUUGUAAUUGUAUUCAGUACGUUGUAUGUACAUACAAUCUAUGUUUAAUAGAAACAACAGUUGUGCAAUUGCUGACGUGCUGAGCAGUAAGCGAACAUGAUUGGAUUGGUUUAUUGGUUAUGAUCGCUGGAUCCAGCAAAUUAGCCUCAGUUACCGUGUUCAGCUAAACGUAUAUACGAACGGAUAUGUUUACAUAAUACGGAAAUAAUAAGUUUAUAAAAUUUCUGGAGGUUAUCUCGCAGUUUGGAAUUCUGUUUGCCGAUAUAAAGCAACAAGAAAUGUUUCUAUCAAAGCUACCACUUCUUCUCAGAAAUACUACUUUUGCUGCUGUACAACAUGAAUCAGGAUAUCCUGGUGUUCUCGUGCAUAAAUAUCUACGAAACGACAUACCCUCCGUGAAACUUUUUAUGUCGACACAGCAACAGAAUGAGCAGCAACAGGAUUCAACGAAAGAACAGAUCUCGCUUUCGAUAAACACGGUAAAUUCUGUACCAGAUAAGUUGUAUAAAAAAGUUGAAGUUGAAAUCAAGGGAAAUGAUUCAGCGGUAUUAAAGAGCUAUGGAACCUUUGCAACAAUGGCUGCAAAUCAUUUGAAGAUCAACAUAGGUAGAAAUACAGCACCACGUAAAGCUAUCCACGAACGAUGGACAGUGCUAAAAUCUGCUCAUGUUCAUAAAAAGCACCGUGUUCAAUAUGAAAUUAGGACUUACUAUCGCUAUCUAGACUUUUUAAAAUUGACUGGAUCGACAGCAGAUACUUUUCUAGAAUAUCUUCAAAGAAAUUUGCCAGAAGGAGUGGCGAUGAAAGUGACCAAGGUUGAAAUGGAAAAGUUGCCUAAGAGUAUAGCUGCAAUGGGUAAUACGUAACUAUAAUGUGUAAUUAUGAAUAAUUGUUUAUAUGAGUCAGGUUGUCGAUAGUUU